AGUAUGUUCUUAGUUGCUCACCAAUGCAUAUAGCCAAAGAUAUAAAAUAAAUAUGUUUUUAUAUUUCCUCUUUGCGCUUGUGGCGACAAGCUUUGCACAUCCUCCCCAUAAUUUUAAAGAAAGUGCUGAUGUUUUGUUAGCAAAAGUUAUUGCUAGAACCCCUGCCCCAUUGAACGUAAUAACGGUGCCUACGAAUUGCCCCGAAGGUCAGGAAUAUGUCAAUGGAGAAUGCCGUGAUAUUUGGAGAGCAGAUAAUUCUGGAAGAACUCCUGCACCUCUGAACGUGAUAACGGUGCCAACGAACUGCCCUCCUGGUCAGGAAUACAUCAAUGGAGCAUGCCGUGAUGUUUGGAGAGCCGAAAACAUUGGAAGAACUCCCGCGCCUCUAAACGUUGUUACGGUGCCUACGAAUUGUCCCGAAGGCCAGGAAUAUGUCAAUGGAGAAUGCCGUGAUAUUUGGAGAGCAGAUAAUUCUGGAAGUUCUCCUGCACCUCUGAACAUGAUAACGGUGCCAACAAAUUGUCCUCCUGGUCAACAAUAUAUCAAUGGCGCAUGUCGUGAUGUUUGGAGAGCAAAAAAUAUUGCUAGAACCCCUGCACCUCUUAACGUAAUAACAGUACCCACUAAUUGUCCAGAAGGUCAGGAUUAUAUCAAUGGCGCAUGCCGUGAUGUUUGGAGAGCACAAAGUAUUGAUGUAACUCCUGCACCUGCGAACGUAAUAACUGUACCUACGAAUUGCCCCCCUGGUCAAGAAUAUAUCAAUGGAGCAUGCCGUGAUGUUUGGAGAUCAGAAAAUAUUGACGUAACUCCUGCACCCCUGAACGUUAUAACGGUGCCACCGAAUUGCCCCCCUGGUCAAGAAUAUAUAAAUGGAGCAUGCCGUGAUAUUUGGAUCAAAAUCAAUUCAAAGUUGUCACCUUUAGAGGACCCAGCCCUUGACGUUGAAGAUCAGAUAAAUCAAGAAAUGGUGGAACCAGUCAACAUCUUCGAGUAUUCUUCUAGAAAUGUUAUAAGUGUGCCAAAUCAAUGUCCUGUGGGAUAUGCUCCAGAUGCGCUUGGUGUCUGCAGAGAGAUUUGGGUGAUAUAAGUAGGUAAUUGAUGUAAAGCGCGAUUUCCCUACUCUGUUGUUAAAAUGUUGUGCACAAUAAAUAUGUACAUAUCCAAAUUAUAAUAAACAACUUUUCUAAAA